AACAGAGACAGAGAGGCCUUUUCUUUUAGAAAGCAAAGGGUUUUUAAGAGAGGGUUUAAGGCGGCUUGGUCGUGUAAUCUUACUCACCAUUUGUUUGUUUUUUUUUUUUUUUUUUUCUUCCGUCUAUGAAACUCAUCCCAAUUUGCCUGUAUACGUCUUUAGCUCAUGCGAUCGAAUUUAUUUUCAGUCUCGUGUUGGUUUUUUUGUGUUGUGGGUUUACUCAUCUUUUAAGCACGAUUGAUGUCCAGUGCCCAAACCCCAGUGUUCUUGGCAAAUCAUACUAAGGUAUUCGAUCAUUUGAUUCCAUUGCGUAAACCCUUGAUUUCUUCUCCAAACCCAGUUUCCCAAUCCUUCUCUAUGUGGAGAAACAUUGCUAGACAAGCAAUUUUGAGGUCAGCUGCUAGAUUUAACAAGGUCCGUUCCCAAACUCAUCAGGAGUCUGUUCUCUCGAAAAAUUUGAGCUUUCGGUGUUCGGUGUUUGGUUCCACCAUCUCGGGAUCACCAUGUCACGAAAUGGGUGUUCGUCGUUUAUGUGGUGGGAUCACGAGGCGAGAGGGGUUUUUCAAGAACGAGAGGUGUCUUAAUGGGACUUUGGCUAGAGGGUACGCGAGUGUAGCUGAAGAGGUGUUAUCAACAGAUGUUGAGGAAGAGCCUGAGGUGGAUGAGUUGUUGAAGGAAAUGAAGAAGGAGAAGAAGAGAGAGAGUCAUCGUUCGUGGCGGAUGAAGAAGCAAGAACAUCUUGGAAUGGGUCGUACCAAGUUUCAGAAUCUAUGGAGAAGACAAGUUAAGAUCGAGACUGAAGAAUGGGAAAGAGCUGCUGCUGAGUAUAGGGAGCUUUUGACGGAUAUGUGUGAGCAAAAGCUUGCGCCCAAUCUGCCUUAUGUGAAGUCGUUGUUUCUCGGUUGGUUCGAACCGUUAAGGGAUGCAAUUGCUAAAGAACAGGAUUUGUAUAGACUAGGGAAGAGCAAAGCAACUUAUGCACAUUACCUUGAUCAGUUGCCUGCCGACAUGAUAGCUGUUAUCACUAUGCACAAGUUGAUGGGGCAUUUGAUGACUGGUGGUGAUAACGGUUGUGUUAAGGUUGUUCAAGCUGCGUGUACAGUAGGCGAUGCCAUUGAACAAGAGAUAAGAAUAUGCACAUUCCUGGAUAAGACCAGGAAGAAAAAAGGGGAUGACAAUGAGGAGAGUGGGGAAGUUGAAAAUGGAACUGCAAUGAAGGAACAAGAUAAGUUAAGAAAGAAGGUCAAUGAAUUGAUAAAGAAACAGAAGUUGUCAGCAGUUAGAAAGAUCUUGCAGUCACAUGACUAUACAAAACCAUGGAUCGCUGAUGUUAGGGCUAAGGUUGGAAGUCGUCUAAUAGAGUUAUUGGUAAGAACAGCUUAUAUACAGUCUCCAGCUAAUCAACAGGAUAAUGAUAUCUCUGAUGUUCGACCUGCAUUUGUGCAUACCUUCAAGACAGUAGCGAAAGAAAGCACGAAAUCUGGGAGAAAAUAUGGUGUAAUCGAGUGUGACCCUUUGGUCCGCAAAGGCUUGGAAAAAAGUGGGAGAUAUGCAGUGAUGCCAUACAUGCCAAUGCUGGUUCCCCCUCUCAAAUGGUCAGGAUACGACAAAGGUGCUUACUUGUUCUUAGCAUCUUAUAUAAUGAAAACUCAUGGAGCUAAGCAACAACGAGAGGCACUUAAGAGCGCACCUAAAGGACAACUACAACCAGUCUUUGAGGCCCUGGAUACGCUUGGAAGUACUAAAUGGAGAGUAAAUAAGCGAGUCUUAACGGUUGUAGAUAGGAUAUGGAGCAGUGGCGGAUGUGCUGCUGAUCUGGUGGAUCGCAGCGAUGUUCCUUUACCAGAAAAGCCUGAUACUGAAGAUGAGGGCAUUAUUAAGAAAUGGAGGUGGGAAGUCAAAGCUGCUAAAAAGGUGAACAGCGAGAGACAUUCUCAGCGCUGUGACACAGAACUCAAGCUUUCGGUAGCACGGAAAAUGAAAGAUGAGGAAGGUUUUUACUAUCCCCACAAUAUUGACUUCCGAGGACGUGCAUAUCCCAUGCCCCCGCACUUAAAUCAUCUCGGCUCUGAUUUGUGUCGGGGUGUUUUGGAGUUUUCGGAGGGAAGGCCUCUUGGAAUUUCAGGCUUACGCUGGCUGAAGAUACACUUAGCAAACUUGUAUGCUGGUGGUGUAGAUAAGUUAUCACUUGAUGGACGGCUAGCUUUCACCGAAAAUCACUUAGAUGACAUAUUUGAUUCGGCAGACAGACCACUUGAAGGAAGCAGAUGGUGGCUGCAGGCUGAAGACCCAUUUCAGUGCUUGGCUGUGUGUAUAAAUCUGACUGAAGCUCUGAGAAGCCCAUCCCCGGAGACAGUUCUGUCACAUAUUCCUAUACAUCAGGAUGGUUCCUGCAAUGGUCUACAGCAUUAUGCCGCUCUCGGGAGAGACACAUUAGGAGCAGAAGCUGUUAAUCUAGUGGCAGGUGAGAAGCCGGCAGAUGUUUAUUCCGGAAUAGCUACCAGGGUUCUUGAUAUUAUGCGCCGAGAUGCAGACAGAGAUCCUGAAGCUUUUCCAGAUGCAUUGCGUGCAAAAAAAUUACUCAACCAGGUGGAUCGUAAACUUGUAAAGCAGACGGUUAUGACAUCAGUCUAUGGUGUCACCUAUAUUGGCGCUCGGGAUCAAAUAAAGAGAAGGUUGAAGGAACGCAGUGAUUUUGGUGAUGAAAAAGAAAUUUUUGGGGCGGCUUGCUAUGCGGCAAAGGUAACUUUAGCUGCUAUAGAUGAGAUGUUUGAAGCUGCACGCGCCAUCAUGCGUUGGUUUGGUGAAUGUGCGAAGAUUAUUGCUACAGAAAAUGAAACAGUUCGAUGGACAACACCAUUGGGUCUUCCUGUUGUACAACCUUACCACCAAAUGGGAACAAAACUCGUAAAGACAUCCCUCCAGACCCUAUCACUUCAGCGUGAGACUGAUAAGGUUAUUGUCAGGCGACAAAGGACAGCUUUUCCUCCAAAUUUUAUUCACUCCCUUGACGGGUCUCAUAUGAUGAUGACUGCAGUUGCCUGCAAAAGAGCAGGCGUAUGUUUUGCAGGAGUUCAUGACUCGUUUUGGACACAUGCGUGCGACGUGGAUAAAUUAAACAGAAUACUAAGGGAAAAGUUUGUUGAGCUGUAUUCGCAACCGAUACUAGAGAAUUUGCUGGAGAGCUUUGAGCAAUCGUUUCCUCAUUUAGAGUUUCCUCCUCUGCCGGAACGAGGAGAUUUGGAUUUAAAAGUGGUGUUAGAUUCACCUUAUUUCUUCAACUGAUAAAGAAAUCGAUGGCUUCCACAAGAUUUUCAGACAUCUUCCAAGCUCUCAAGAAACAAGAAUGAGAGAUAGUUUCAGAACAUAGUAUCACUCACACCCCAAGGCUUGAGCCUUAGGUGGUAGAAGGACGAGAAGAAAGAACAAGGCUUUUUGCAAGGACCAGAGCAAAAGGAAAGCUUCUGCGAUAUAGUUUACAAGUUGCAGACAGAGAGAAAGAGUCAAAACAAAGUUUUUUUGACUUUUAACUUUUUUUCCACUGUGCUCCUGAUGCUUGAGAGAGCUUGAUGAAAUCUCCUGAGAUAGAGUAGUAAACCGAUCUCCUGAACCGGAAUUGGUUAAGAUCUAUUUGAUGUUGUGUUGUAAACCAGUCGGUAUUCUUAUGGUACAUUGUAGAAUAACAAGAACUGUACCAAAAGCUUGUACUGGUAUACACUACAUUAUACGAGAUUGGAUUA